AUGGACACUUCAACAUUGCUCAUCAAUCUAUCACAUCAUAUUAUAGACAUGUGGCCAUUUAAAUCCAUAUUUUUAUUAUCAUCACUGGCGUUGUUGAGCUCAGCAACCGAAGAAGUAAGCAGAACUGAGCAAACAUCUACGUUGUUCUCCGUCGAAGGCGAGCUCGCUCUUCCUGCGUCUCGAAAUUGUGCAAAAUGGUCGGCAGGAGCUAGAGUCCAUUUGAAUCACGGUCAAUACAUUGGAUUCGUUCGACAAGAUUGCACGUUCCGUGUUGAUUUCGUACCAAGUGGAACUUAUAUCGUGCAAAUUGAAAACACCGAUUUCGUCUUUGAACCUAUUCGUGUUGAUAUUACCUCGAAAGGAAAAAUGAGAGCUAGGAAACUGACCAUUCUUCAGCCUAACAAUGUCAACACGCUACCAUAUCCUCUCCGUCUCUCAGCUCGUGGACCAGCACGAUAUUUCCGUAAACGUGAAGAAUGGAGAAUCACUGACAUGCUUUUCAGUCCUAUGGUGUUGAUGCUCGUUGUUCCUCUCGUCGUGAUGCUUAUUCUUCCAAAAAUGACUGCAAAUGAUCCAGAACUUAAACGAGAAAUGGAGAACAUGCAGAUGCCGAAAGUAGAUAUGCCAGAUGUUGGAGAAAUGAUGGCAAAUUUCUUCGGAGGACCCGCUCCUGCUAAAAAGAAAGCUGUAACUGCAGGAAGUGGUCAAAGAAGAAAGUGA